AUGGCGGCCGCCGAGGGGACACCGGGGACGUUGGGGACAGCGGUGCCACCACCCCCUGGGCCACCCUCUGUGCCACCCCCUGUGCCACCGCCUGGGCCACUCCCACCUGUGCCACCCCUGGAAUGCAGCGGCGACGACGCUCAGGCCAUGGGCCGGGAUCCGCUUCCCGUCCUGCGCCAGAUUUUGGCCGCCUGCGCCUUUCCUGAUCUUUUGGAGUCUCCCGCUCUCCCCGAGGCCGCGCGGAGCCGCGCGCGGAGCGUCCUGCGGGAAAUGGACGCCGGGAACAUCGGGGGCUACAACCACGAGCACCGAUCCCAUGGGGUCCCCGCCAGGGUGUCCCGGUUCCUGGAAUUCCGGGAUGGAGGCGUCCCCUGCGACCCCCGAGACAUCGUCCUGUGCAGCGGCACCACCACCGUGAUCCCGAUCCCGGGGCUGGGCCGUGGACGUGGCCGCGCUGCGCCGGGAAGUGCGGGAAGCGCGGAGCCGCUGCCACCCCAGGGUGCUGUGGGUGGUCAACCCCGGGGACCCCACGGGCCACGUGCUGAGCCGGCCGGACAUGGAGAGCAUCGUCCGCCUGGCGGCCGAGGAGCCCCUGCUGCUGCUGGCGGACGAGGUGGGCGCCGGGAAGAGGAGGUGCAUCAGGAACGAGCCUUCUCCCCGGAGCGCCCCUUCCUGUCCUUCAAGCGCGUCCUGGCCGAGCUGGGGGCCCCGCUGGCCACCAGCGUCCAGCUCGUCUCCUUCUACUCCCUCUCCAAAAGCGCCGCCGGAGAGAGCGGAUUCCGGGCGGGAUUCCUGGAGCUGGUGAAUGUGGAUGAGGGGGUCCGGCAGCCGUUCCAGCUGGCCCAGUCCAUUCCCCGGCCCUGCGUGCCGGGCAGGAUCCUGCUGGAUCUCCUGAUGGAGCUGCCGGAGGAGGGGGAUCCCGUCCGGCGGGCGCUGGAGGAGCACCGCCGGGAUCUGUGCCGGGAUUUGGCCGCCAACGCCCGGCGGCUGCAGGAGGAGCUGGGCCGGGCCCCCGGGAUCCGGUGCCAGCCCCUGGCCGGGGGUCCCCGCGCCUUCCCCCGCAUCCGGAUCCCGCCCCGCGCCCGGAGCCAGGCCCGGCCGCUCCGUCCCCUCCGCAGGCGCUGGGCCUGGAGCCCGACGUCUUCUUCUGCCGGCGGCUGCAGGAGGCCACGGGGCUGGUGGUGGCCCCGGGGAGCCACUUCGGGAUGGGGGGGGACAGCGGCCACCUGGGGCUGUCCCUGCUGCUGCCGGCGCCGGCGCUGGAGCGGGCGCUGCUGCUCCUCCGCCGCUUCCACGCCCAAUUCCUGCGGGAAUUCUCCUGACGGAGCCACCCGGGAACAGCAAUUCCAGCCGGGAUCGGGGCCGGGAUUCACCGCGGGUGAAUUCGGCAAUCUGGGAUUGGAGUUUUGGGGCUCUGGAAGCGAAUUUGGGAAUCUGGGAUUGGAUUUUGAGGAUCUGGGAUUGGAUUUGGGGAAUUUGGAAUUGGGAUUUGAGAAUCUGGAAGCGAAUUUGGGAACGUGAGAUUGGAUUUUGGGAAUGUGGGAUUGGAUUUUUAGAGCUCUGGAAGUGAAUUUGGGAAUGGAUUUUGGGAAUCUGGGAUUGGAUUUUCGGGGUUUGGAAGUGAAUUUGGGAAUGUGGGAUUGGAGUUUUGAGGAUCUGGGAUUGGGAUUUGGGAAUCUGGGAUUGAAUUUGGGAGACUUGGAUUGGAUAUGGAAACCUGGGAUUGGAUUUUGGGAAUCUGGAAGCGAAUUUGGGAAUCAGAGAUUGGAUUUUUGGGGAAUUAGGGAGUGAAUUUGGGAAUCUGGGAUUGGGAUUUGGGAAUCUGGGGUAAAAUCCCCUUUUCAUGGACUAAAUCCCUUUUCCAGGGAUAAAAUCCAAGGAUAAAUCCCCUCUCCAGGACCAAAGUCCCUUUUUCUGGGAAUAAAACUCCUUUUCCAAGGA